AUGAUAGCCCGAGGAGAGUUGGCAGACUACCUCAUAACAAAGGAGUAUGUGAAGCCCCGCGAGGUCUAUCCUCGCAAGGUAGCAGGAACUCAGGUAAAGGUAAUUCACGCAAUACAUGGCAGAUCUGAAGAUGAUCAAGAGUCUGAGCUCCCCCAUGAGGAUCCAUUGGUUAUCAGUCUUUUAGUAGCAAAUUGCAUGAUCAAUAGGGUUUUGAUAGACCUAGGGAGUAGCGCCAAUAUCAUUACAAAGACGGUCUUUGAGCAGCUAGAGAUCCCGUCAUCAUCUAUUCGACCUACCUCUAGCCCAUUGAUGGGGUUUAAUGACACAAGAGUAGAUCCCCUUGGAGAAAUAGACUUAUCCGUAACUGCGGCGAAGAGGACUCUGAAGGAGAACUUUGUCUUAACAGAGAUCUAUCCUUCUUAUAAUCUCAUCAUGGGACGAGGCUGGAUACACCGGAUGAGAAGAGUUCCGUCCACCCUUCAUCAAGUGAUACGGUGCUUGUCUCCGGACGGAAAAGAAGUGGUUAACCUAUGGGGUGAUCAAGUCACUGCGAAGGAAUGCUAUAUGCUAACAUAG